CUUCCAAAGAGGGUCAGAUGCAUUCCUGGGGGAUUGGCAGACACGGGUGAGGGAAAGGGAUAGGAACCCUCUCAGGCUGAGAAGGAGGCUGUGAAAUGGCAUCAGAGUGACAUUCUGGAUCCUCCCCCCAUUACCCAGGAGAGGAAACAGCCGCCAUGCAGCCAGCUCAGGGGCCGGUGACCUUCGAGGAGGUGGCCAUAUAUUUCACGGAGGAGGAAUGGGUCCUGCUGGAUCCAGGCCAGAGAGCUCUUUACGAGGAGGUGAUGGUGGAGAUUCAUGAGAUGAUCACCUCUUUGGGGGAGAAACCUCAUAAAUGCUUGGAGUGUGGAAAGAGCUUCAGUCGGAGUAGCGCCCUUACUUUGCAUCAAAGAAUUCAUACAGGGGAGAAACCUCAUAAAUGCUUGGAGUGUGGAAAGAUGUUCAGCCAGAGUAGCGCCCUUACUUUGCAUCAAAGAACUCAUACAGGGGAGAAACCUCAUAAAUGCUUGGAGUGUGGAAAGAGCUUCAGUCGGAGUAGCGCCCUUACUUUGCAUCAAAGAACUCAUACAGGGGAGAAACCUUUUAAAUGCUUGGAGUGUGGAAAGAGCUUUACUCAGCAUUACCACCUUACGUUGCAUCAAAGAACUCAUACAGGGGAGAAACCUUAUAAAUGCUUUGAGUGUGGAAAGAGUUUCAGUUGGAGUGGCGCCCUUAUUGUGCAUCGAAGAAGUCAUACAGGGGACAAGCCUCAUAAAUGCUUGGAGUGUGGAAAGUGCUUCAGUGAGCUUUGCCAACUUACUAGCCAUAAAAGAACUCAUACAGGGGAGAAACCUUACAAGUGCUUGGAGUGUGGAAAGAGCUUCCAUCAGAGUGGCACCCUUACCUUGCAUCAAGGAACUCAUACAGGGGAGAAACCUUACAAGUGCUUGGAGUGUGGAAAGAGCUUUCAUCAGAGGGGGAACCUUUCUUCACAUCAGAGAACUCAUACAGGGGACAAACCUUAUCAAUGCUUCGAGUGUGGAAAGAGCUUCAGUCAGAGGGGGAACCUUUCUUCGCAUCAAAGAACUCAUACAGGGGACAAACCUUAUAAAUGCUUGGAGUGUGGAAAGAGCUUCAGUCAGCUUUGCAAACUUACUGCACAUCGAAGAACUCAUACAGGUGAGAAACCUUAUAAAUGCUUGGAGUGUGGAAAGAGAUUCAGUUGGAGUAGCACCCUUACUGUGCAUCGAAGAACUCAUACAGGUGAGAAACCUUAUAAAUGCUUGGAGUGUGGAAAGAGCUUCCGUCAGUUUUGCCAACUCACUUCACAUCAAAGAACUCAUACAGGGGAGAAACCUUAUAAAUGCUUGGAGUGUGGAAAGAGCUUGAGUUGCAGUAGGUCCCUUACUUCGCAUCAAAGAACUCAUACAGGGGACAAACCUUAUAAAUGCUUGGAGUGUGGAAAGAGCUUCAGUCGAAGUAGCAGCCUUGCUAGACAUCAAAGAACUCACACGGGGGACAAACCUUAUAAAUGCUUGGAGUGUGGAAAGAGAUUCAGUUGGAGUAGCACCCUUACUGUGCAUCGAAGAAAUCAUACAGGGGACAAACCUUAUAAAUGCCUGGAGUGUGGAAAGAGAUUCAGCUGGAGUGGCGCCCUUACUGUGCAUCAAAGAAAUCAUACAGGGGACAAACCUCAUAAAUGCUUGGUGUGUGGAAAGAGCUUCAGUCAGCUUUGCCAACUUACUAUUCAUAAAAGAAUUCAUACAGGGGAGAAACCUUACAAGUGCUUGGAGUGUGGAAAGAGCUUCCGUCAGAGUGGCACCCUUUCUUCGCAUGAAAGAACUCAUACAGCGGACAAACCUCAUAAAUGCUUGAAGUGUGGAAAGAGCUUCAAUCAGAAAUGCCGUCUUACUAUACAUCAAAGAACUCAUACAGGGGUCGAACCUUAUAAAUGUUUGCAUGGUGGCCCCUAAAAUGAUGGAAAACUGUUUCUAUAGGUGUUUGUCCCAUGGCCUGUCAUUUACCAAUACAGAAUUUAAUAUUUAUUUAGAACAAAUGCAGUGAAAGAAAAGGGCAAUUUGGAAUAAAGCCAGGGUUUCUAUGGGGAUCAAAGAUAUGGAUCCAUGCAGUGUUUUAACUCACUACUAUUAAUUGUUUAUUUCUUUAUAGCAUUUGUUCAGCCAAAAAGGCUCCCACGGUGGCUUACAUUAAAUCAAUUAAAGUCAGACAGUCCCUGUUCACAGGCUUACACUAAAAAAAUGACACAGGGAAAGGGACAGGAAGGGGGAGGGAAUCAAACUUGGACCCCAAUUCUAAAAUAGUAGUUUUUGUGAUGUUCUUUUUUCUUUCUCACAAUAGGUUUUUACUACUUUCCCCCUGAAAUUUAUUUUUGAUUCAACUCCAGGUAUUUCUACUAGAGUUUUGGUUGUUCUGGGGCCUUUGCAGCCCAGCGUGUCUUUUUUCUUCCAGUUCAGAAGAGGGGAGAUUUCCUGCUUUGAAUCAGUCCCUUCUUCAGUUUUGAGGGUGUUUGUGGUCAUUCUCCUGUAAGUCAGUCUUUUGGGGCUGGAGCUGUCACUCAUAAACAAAUUAACAGGUUUUGUUUUUCUAGGGUUUAUAUACAUUAUUGUCCUGAUUUUCACUUCUUCGCAGAUGAGGUUUAUAUUUCUCAGUUUUCUUUUUUCCAACCUUUCCCCUUCAUCUCUGUGCUUCUGGAUCCUAUCCAUGGGACUCCUUUGAAUCACUGCAAGGAUAUUUAGAGUGAAUGCCUACAUAGCUGUAACAUAGAAAAGUUUCAAGUGGUUUGGACUGAUGAAACAGGGUGAGUGAAAGUAGAGUUGCAUAAUAAAGUUAUUACCAGCUUUGCAUGUUGUAAUUAUUGUUUGUAAUAGCCAAGGUGCACGUUGUUCUUCUGAGUAGAAUUAAGUUUACAUAUCCAUAUUGCAUUUUUGUUUGCUGGGUAAUACUUAUUUGCAUAUUGUGGUCCUUAUAUCUCCCUUUCCCAAGAUUCAUUCAUGUGUUGUGAAUUCCUCUGUAAUGUUAUCAUGCUCCUCUGUUCAUAAACUGAAAUGCAUUUACUGGUAUUCUGCUGAUGUAUUUAAAGUAUAUUGUUGAGCGUCUCCCCAAUCUCCGAGCGGUGAGAUUUCCGGGGUCCCUGCGCUCAUCCAGGAUUUGGUUUCCUUUGGGAAGAAGGG